GCUGAAGCUGGGAUCAUGGACAAUAACCUUCAGUCAAGCAGCCAACAGGCUCUCUGCAAAGAUGUUGAGCUGGGAAAGGAGAAAAAUGCUAGAUACCGGAGUUACCAACGUGGUGCCCUAAUUCUGGGCUUGCUUUUCUUGAUGCUGGCCCUUUGUAUCUUUAGCCUGAGGUACAUUUGGAGCUCAAGUCCUGCGAAGGUGUAUGACCACAAGUACAUGGCUGUUUUAGAUGGUGUGGAGACUGAGAGCAUGAUGGAGAUCGACCCUGCUGAACACAUGGAGAUAUUCAGAGUGGGCAAUGGCACUGAUGAGGUCCUGGAGGUCCACGAUUUCCAGAAUGGAAUCACUGGUAUCCGCUUUGCAAAACACCAGCGGUGCUACAUCCGGACCCAGACCAAGGUGCUGCCCAGGCUGGCUGAGGUGGAGCUGAAGGAUGCAGAGCUGGAGGUGGGUGAGACUGGGGAGGUGGACAUGCAGGUGGUGGACUCUCAUGUGUGGAUCCCUGCUGAGCAGCCCAUCACCAACAGAGCAUUCCUGAUCAACUCCAAGAUCUGGGAAAUCUGUCAGGAUCUGCCCAUCCACUGGAUCCACCCAUCUUCUCUUACAGAUGCUGAGUUCCAUGAUGUGGAGGAUGUGGAGGAUACGCACCACACCCCAGACGCACAGGCUAGGGGAGCACGUCAGGCCAGGGACGUCAUGGACCAAUUGCCAGUAAAUGACUAUACUGAAAAUGGGUUACAGCUGGACAGCACCCUGGACGAUCAAGGCUACUGCUGCCAGUACUGUCGCCGCGGCUACCGCUUCUGCCGCCGCUACCACGAGCCCCUGAUGGGCUACUGGCCAUACCCGUACUAUUACCAGGGUGGCAGGGUCAUCUGUCAGAUUGUCAUGCCCUGUAACUGGUGGAUUGCACGCAUGCUGGGCAGAGUCUAAGUGAGCAAAGGGCCAAAGUACAGUUGUAUACAAAAGUUUAAAUUGCCCUUGGUCAAAUUACAUGUUUGUUUUCUUGAUCUACAUGAAAACAUGGUAAAACAUCCUCUACAGGGAAAAAAUUUAAAUAAAGGCAGGUUCUGCAAAUUUUUGUGCACAAUUUCUAUUUAUUUGCUAAGUUUACCAUAUUGUAAAAAAUAAAAACAUGAAAUAUAAAAUGUAUAGCUUUUGCACAGGCCACAUUUUAUGUUUUUUUCCUCAAUAUUUUAAAUUCAGCAAAUAAACAGUAUUGUGCAUUAAAAGCAUGCAGAAGCGUGUUCUCUGUAGAGAAUGAGUUAACUUAUUUUCACUUAGAAAAUCAACAUGUAAAGAGGCACCCACACUUUUGCACAUGACUGUACAUCAGUCUGUGCUGUGGGGAGAUGCAUUGAGCCCCAUCAUGUAGUAGUCAUUUGCAUUUCCAAAUCUUUACAGCACAGUACUGUUGAAAUUACAUCAUUGUCUUAUAAAGCUGUAAUGAUGUACUUGACUUACAAUUCAAUAACGGAUUUCUCAGUUUGUUCCCCUUCAUGAUACUGGAGUCAUCAUUUUGCUAUGUCCAUGAUGCUUUGAAAAUUUGAAUAUAGAAAAAUGAUGACUGUAUCCAUGUGACUGCACUAGAUUUGUAAAGUGAAAGACCUAGAUCUGAGAGUAUGACGUAUGACAUAGUGCUCAUGUGGGUUAAGCUGAGCUAUGGGUUGCUAUCUUUGGUAUAUAACCAGUGCAGUUGCACUAGAUGGCAUAGUUAAUAGAAAGAAUUCUCACCCAUCCCCACAACUUACAAUGUAUUAUACAGGCUGUGUUCACCAUAUUGUCUUAUCUCAGUGAUCUUUUAUUCAGUAUACUAUAUUCAUUUGUACAAUAAACAUUCAAGGAAAUGCUGCUUUCCAUGAAUUUGGUGCUAAAGAGUGGAAGUAUAAAGCCUAAUGCCUCUUUACUGCUCUUCAAUUGAGAAAUCAGUUAUUGGUUUUGGUAGACUGCUCUAUAAAUUAGCAGUCUGCAUGGCUUCCACCAUCCUUUGGGCCCUUGUUCAGUUUAUCUUCUAAUCUAUCAUGGAUGAGAGGCAUUGUAAUAAACCUGUAUAGGUAAUAUAGAUCUACAUUUAUUUAUAGGACUUUGCAUGUGUAUCAUUUCAGCUUGUGUUACUGGCAUAAUUAUAGUACUGGCACUGUAAUUUGGCUUUUUAUAAAUGCAUAAAACUCAGUGGACAGGCCUAUAUAAAAUGCUAGACUUCUUAAUGGAACUUUGGUAGUCAACCUUUAAAAAGCAGUUCUUUAAGGCUGUUCUGAAGUGCCUUGUACAUAGAUUGUAGUGUUAUAUUUCACCAACUUAUAUAGCUCUAUAAUUGGAGAUGUGGGACUGUUCUCAAUCAGAUUUUUUUGUCUGUCUAAGCAAAGGCUUGCUCCAUUAAUUACAUUUAUAUGGCUUUAAAGACCUCUUUGUUGUUUUAACAAUUCCCUUUUCAAUAAAAAAGGCAUAAAAAGUU